CGUGAGUCUUCCGGUGCCUCCUCACCCGUCUCUCAACCCACCACUUCUUGUUCUUGAUUUCUCUUCUUAGCAGAAGCAUCAGGAGCGAUGCUAAGAGACUUUUAGCGAUGAAGCUCGUCCGCCGGGACCUGGUCCCCAACGGACCUGGCAGCGUUAAGGUCGUUCCUGAGGAAGAUGAUGAUAUGUGGCAUGCCUACAAUCUGAUUUGCGAAGGUGACAGCGUUCAAGCUGUUACGGUUAGAAAAGUUCUCAAAGAGAAGGCUUCUGGAGGGCGGGAUGCUGAACGUGUUAAAUUAAAGCUGGAAAUUAAAGUUGAGUCUGUUGAUUAUGACAAGGAGGGGUCAGUAUUGCGUAUACGCGGAAAGAAUAUUUUGGAGAAUGAACAUGUGAAGAUUGGACAAUUUCAUACUCUACAGAUUGAGCCACAUAGGCCUUUUGUCCUAAGGAAGGAUGUUUGGGAUUCGAUGGCACGUGAUGUUCUCCAACAAGCAUGUGAUCCUUCUGCAAGUGCUGAUCUGGCUGUCAUUCUGAUGCAAGAAGGGCUGGCUCACUUGUUUCUCAUUGGCAAAAGUAUAACCGCAACUCGCUCUCGCAUAGAGACCUCGAUUCCAAGGAAGCAUGGUCCUGCCAUUGCUGGUUACGAAUCGGCUUUGAAGAAAUUUUUUGAGAAUGUUUUACAGGCUUUGCUGAAGCAUAUUGAUUUUAAAGUUGUUCGCUGUGUAGUAAUUGCAAGCCCAGGCUUCACAAAGGAUCAAUUUCGUGAUUAUUUACUUUUAGAAGCAGAACGACGACAAUUAAGAUCGAUCAUUGAGAACAAAUCACAUCUAAUUCUUGCACAUUCAACAUCCGGUUACAAGCAUAGUUUGAAGGAGGUCUUGGAUGCCCCGAGUGUCAUGACCUUGAUCAAAGACACAAAAGCAGCACAAGAAGUCCGAGCCUUGAAGGAUUUCUUCAAUAUGCUUUCAAAUGAUACUGCUCGUGCUUGUUAUGGGCCUAAGCAUGUUGAGGUUGCACAUGAGCGCAUGGCUGUCCAAACUCUUUUGAUCACGGAUAGUCUUUUUAAAAAUUCUGACAUAUCAACAAGGCAAAAGUACAUUAAAUUGGUCGAGUCAGUCAAGGAUUCUGGUGGUGCUGUUCACAUAUUUUCUUCAAUGCAUGUAUCUGGAGAACAACUGGCGCAGCUGACUGGAAUUGCUGCUAUACUUCGCUUUCCAUUACCGGAUUUGGAAGACAUUGAGAUGUGAUGGAUGUCAGCAUUGAUUUUAUUUGCUUCAGAGAUGCAUGUCACAUUCUUGCUCCCACCAAACUCUAUACUCAGUUCAAAGUCUUCCCAGCAAUCAGCAUCUGGCACAUUGCUAUAGAAUGAAAAUAACUUUUAUAGAUGGGUCAUCAGUGUUUCUCUUCAACUCUGAAAAAGCGGGGAGCAGUGUAAAGAAAGCAAUCCAUGCUAUUCUGCUUGUGAACUUACUCUGAGGCUAAAUCAGAAAAUGCAUACUUCAUGCUAACAGCUAGAGAAGAACUAUGGUGCCACCUUUGUGGAAUUUUUUUUUAUUGAAGAUUCAUGUUAACUGAUCUGUUGAGUGGUUGCGUGACUUCCUAUAUUUACAUUUUCAGCUUCUUGAAGGAGAAUUCUGCACUUGGUUCAAUUUCUUUGCAGUAAGCUUUGUUAGGGUUUCAACAUGCACUUAAAGCUUUCGAAAUGCAUUGAAGGAAGGUAAAGGUGCAUUUGCAU